GUCAAAUUCAAGAUGGAUGGAAUCACGGCAUCGGCGGCGCACGGCACCAAAUUCUAAACCAAAUAAAAUCAUCACCCGAAUCCGGGGCUGGGCCAGGCACAGAGGGAGGAAAAGACAGAAAGAGGCCGAGUUCGAGGCGCCGCUUAACCACAGCGUAGAGCAGACAAUGGAAGGAUUACUUCACUACAUCAAUCCAGCACAUGCCAUCUCGCUCCUGAGUGCACUUAACGAGGAUCGCCUAAAAGGCCAACUUUGUGACGUUGUCCUAAUUGUUGGUGACCAUAAAUUCCGGGCUCAUAAGAAUGUUUUGGCUGCUAGCAGUGACUAUUUCCGUUCUUUGUUUACCAAGAAAGAGAAUGAAAGCCAGUCGGUCUUCCAGUUGGAUCUCUGUGAAGCAGCUAUCUUUGAGAAUAUUCUAAAUUACAUCUAUUCCUCAUCCCUCUUCAUAGAGAAGAAAAGCCUUUCAGCUGUCCAUGCUCUCGGUGACAACCUUGGUAUCUCUUUUCUGACCAGCAUUCCAUCACAGACACCUCAGAUUUCUUGUGCUGCAAAUCCUGUCAAGAAGCAUGGCAAAGUUGGUGAAGAUGGAAGUAGUGCCCAGCCACGGAGUGUGAUUGUGUGUCAGAGUCGCAGUGACCUUGAUAAAAGUAAUGCUGAAUCUGAAGCAAAGGGAGGGGAUUCAAGUCAAAAAAAGGGACCAUCAGAGGACGAUCCAAGUCACAGUUUUAAGUCUUCAUCUUUGAUGAAUGCUUUAAGAGCAAAUUCUAAUCCUCUGUCCAGAGAUGCUGAUACAACUCAUCUUUUGGAUGAUAAAGGACAACCUUUGUUAAAAGAUAUUCAUGGAACUUUAGGUAACACUAAAUUCUAUGCAACUUUCAAAUCUCUGGAUGAUCAAAAUAGAAUGAGGUUUUGGCCUGAUAGGAGAAAUUCCAUGAGUGUAGAUGGCACUUCAAGUUUUACUGGCAAUAUUUCUGAGGUGAGGCAAAGUCUGACUGAUCUCUUGGUAAAUGGAAAGCCUUUACCCAAGCCACAACUUGCACCCGCAUUUUCAUUUCAUGGAACUACAGGACAUCCAUAUUCCCAACAAAAAGCUGGGAACACGGUAAAUGCUGGCAAAACUGAAGAGAGUAAUUUGCUAUAUUACACCAAAGUAGGGCCUACAGUUCAACCUGGAAGAUUGCCACCUAGCAGCCGAAGUGUUGUUAGCAGUGGCCCAUUGGUAAAGAGUCUCCUACGCAGGUCAUUGUCGAUGGAUAGCCAAGUCCCUUCCUACUCUUCGUCUCUUGAUCUGAAAAUGACCUAUGGAUCACAGAUCUGUAAACGGGAACCACUGGAGUUGACUUGUGAUGCAUCAUCCCAGAAGUCAUCGAUUACAGACUCCAUUAAACAACAGCUUCUAAAGGAAAAGCCAAAGGUUGAUCAGUCUUGUCGACUAAGACAACUUAAUGUAUCUCAGGCUGCUGAAACUGAUGCUGUCUCUCUGCCAUCAGCUGUUAAAAUAAAAACCGAGCCCUCUAGCCCUGCGUCAGAUACUUCCGAUAUAAUUACGGUUACAGUAGGAGAAACUUCACCGUCUACCAGUAAGGACUUUGCUGUGAAAAAUGUGGAGAGGAACAGAAGAGUAUCAAUGCUUCCGGUGAAGAGGAGAUUCUUGGCUGAAAAUGCAAAACUUUAUGAAAAAUCAGAAACUUUGCAGCAUUCUCCCAACAUAGUACAGAGCUUUGAGGAAAGUUCAAGCCCGACAGCAGAUGAUACUAAUCUUGAACUGUCAAAGACUGAUGAGAACAAAGAUGAAUAUUCAGAGUCUGAAACAGCAAUAACUGGCAAACAGUUCAAGUGCAUGACCUGCUUCAAGAUAUUCCGAUCCACAGCAGGUCUUUUCCGGCAUGUCGAUAUGUACCAUAACCCAGAUAAGCCAUAUGUAUGUGAUAUUUGUCACAAGAGAUUUCUUACCAAUUUCAAAGUUUGGACACAUUGCCAAACCCAACAUGGAGUAGUUAUUAACCCAUCAGCAGCUACCAGCUCCAGUCUAGUUCCAGAAGAAAAAUUUCAAAAGAAACUGAAUGAUAUGAUGCGUGAAAGAGAGAUCAAGAAGGCUUUAUUUCACAAAUUGCGGCGUAGGCAAAUAUCAUCUCAUAGUUACUCAGGGCUGCGGUCAGAACAAGGAUUCAAGAAAAAUUUGAAAUCUGCAACUAAAGGAGUAUACAUUUGUACUACAUGUGGAAAGUUGUUUCGUUUUCUGUCACGUUACAGGCAACACAUGAAGACCCAUCCAGGUGAGAAGCCCUUUGUUUGCAAACUCUAUAACAGGGCUUUCAAAACAAAAGAACAAGUUGUUACUGAAAAUGUAAGUGAAGAUAAUAUUGAGCAUCAGUGUGAGCAUUGUAAUACCAAAAUGUCGUCAUUGGCAGAAAAGACAAAGCAUGAGAGAAUCUGUAGGAAUGUUACUGUGUGCUGCUACUGCAGCCUUAGGUUCUGCUCUAGAGAACUGAAACAGGAGCAUGAAAAUCAGUGCGAGUAUAAGAAGUUAACCUGUCUAGAAUGUAAACGUACGUUUAAAUCAUCUUUCAGCAUAUGGCGUCAUCAGAUUGAAGUUCACAAUGAAAACACAAUGGCCCCAGUGGAAAAAUCCAAUUUGGAUCCAAUAUGUCAUAAUGGUGUCUUGCCUAAAGAAGUUCAAACUGAAGCAGGAGAGGAUGCUAUUGUCAGUCCAAGUACAUCAAAAGAAUACGAUGCCUGCAGUGACUCUUCAGAGCCAAUGUAUGUUGACUCUGAAGAUUCUUCUUGCUUUCCUGAAGAUUUGAGUAUUUCUAAUCGGAGAAAUACAAGUAGUAACAAUAAUCAUCUACCUGAUGUAGUUUCCACAAAUCCCAUUCAUCUGGAAGAUGUGACAUCAGAACCCAACAGUUCUAGUGGGGAACCAGAGGACCUGACAUGCAAAGGAGAGCGUGGUCUUUGGCCAUGUGAAAAAUGUGGCAAGAUCUUCACGAUACACAAGCAACUGGAGCGUCAUCAGGAAUUGUUGUGCGCUGUUAAGCCAUUUAUUUGCCACGUUUGCCAUAAAGCGUUCCGUACCAACUUCCGUCUCUGGAGCCACUUUCAGUCCCAUAUUUCUCAGUCAGCAGACCACCUUGAAUUUUCUAAACCUGUGAGGAGCCCAUCCUCUUGUCCACCACCUCCCCCUCCUCCACCACCACCACCACCACCACUCCCUGUACCAGCCCAGGAGCAGUCUCCUGAACCUGAACCACCCUUAAAUAAUUCAGACAAGACGGGUAGCCCACAGGCAGCAGAUACACUUUUUACCCAUGCCCCUCCUCUUGCAGCAGCUACCUUCGAAAGGCCAUUCAUGUGCAAAUUUUGCCGUAGGACUUUCAAAACUGCUUUCAGUCUGUGGAGCCACGAACAGACACACAACUGAAAUUAAGAUUCAAGUCUCUGAUUUAUUUGGAAUUCCACUAGAUUAAUCUCUAAAGAUAACUUGGAAGCAAGUGUGCCAUGGGCGUGGACUGAAAGAA